AUGCAAGAAAUGGAAACAACCUCAAUGAAAAUUCGACAGCUUCAUUCAAGCCAGAAAGAAGCCAUGAAGAAGGUAACUGAAUUUUCAGGUGAAGCUAAUGAACUUGAUAUUGAUGAAUGGUUAUUCGAUUUAAAUAAUUUAUUCUCAUUAAUGAAAUUAAAAGGUGAAACAAAAAUUCUCGAAACGAUGGGCAAAUUAACAGGACCAGCAUUACGAUGGUAUCAAGAGAAUUUAAAAUCAUUCACCAACUGGAGUGAUGCUGAAAAAGCAUUACGAGAUCGAUUUAAAGAAUUUACGUCAGACAGUCAAUUAAUGCAAGAAUUUUUUUAUAUUCAUCAAGAAGAAAACCAAUCUGUUAUAUCAUUUUAUAAAAAUGUUCUUCGAAAAUACAGAAAAUACCGACAAUUUAUUACUGAACAACAAGUUAUUACGGUAUUACAGAAUGGUGUUAAAAAUUCAUUAAAAGAACAUUUAAUUCGUAAUGAAAAAGAAAUUAAAAAGCCAGAACAAUGGUCGCAAGUUGUAAGAGAAGAAGAAUAUAUACAAAAUCGAAUUCAACAACAAAUUAAUGUUCUACAUCAUGAACCAAAAAAUCCACCAUUUUUUGAACAUACAUUACCAACAGCAACAAUUCAACCAACACCAACAAAUGUUCACUCAUCAAAUCAAUAA